AUGGGCUUCGAAACGCUUGCCGGGAGGGUUGGACCUUUUGCAUACAUGGUGUGCGCCUGCAUCUCAUUUGUGUUUGCAACUGUGUCGACGCCAACGUCGCAGUUUAAAGGAAAGGGGUACUUGGAUGGAGGAAAAGUGUCGAAGCUGUCCUGCGUAACGGCCUGGGGAGUUAAGAAUGAAUGCACCAGCGAUAAAUACGAUCUGCGCUCUUCAGAGAUCAACUGUGACGGUAACGAUAAAAGUUUACAUCAGUUAUUUCAGACUACCCAAGCCUUUUCCAUCAUUUCCA